CAUAGAGGAGGAGGAGGAGAGAAGGAGACAGAAACCCUGCCCAGUGCACUGAACGGUUUCCUCUUGCCUGGUUCUAAAACGUUCAGAUUCCUUCAGACCUUCAGAGAGCCUGAAGUUUUCUCAUCUCUACUGCCCUGUCUGCGAGGCUUCAUUGAAAGAUGCGGGCCUGGAUCUUCUUCCUUAUCUGCCUAGCUGGCAAGGCGCUGGCAACACCUCAGGAAGCCCUGCCAGACGAGAUUGAAGUAGUGGAGGAUCCUACAACCGAGGAGCCUGUCGGAGUCAAUCCCGUCCAGGUGGAGGUCGGGGAGUUUGAGGAGCCCACCGAGGAUGUGGAGGAGAUUGUCGCUGAGAAUCCCUGCCAGAACCAUCAUUGCAAGCAUGGCAAAAUCUGUGAGGUGGACGACAACAACAUCCCCAUGUGUGUGUGCCAAGACCCCUCCACCUGCCCACCCAGCAUUGGCCUGUUCGAGAAGGUGUGUGGCACUGACAACAAGACCUAUGACUCCUCCUGCCACUUCUUUGCCACCAAGUGCACCCUGGAGGGCACCAAGAAGGGACACAAGCUCCACCUGGACUACAUCGGGCCCUGCAAAUACAUUCCUCCCUGCCUGGACACAGAGCUGACCGAGUUCCCCCUGCGCAUGCGCGACUGGCUCAAGAACGUGUUGGUCACCCUGUACGAGCGGGACGAGGACAACAACCUGCUGACGGAGAAGCAGAAGCUCAAGGUGAAGAAGAUCCACGAGAACGAGAAGCGCCUGGAAGCCGGCGAGCACACUGUCGAGCUGCUGGCUCGGGACUUUGAGAAGAACUACAACAUGUACAUCUUCCCUGUGCACUGGCAAUUUGGCCAGCUGGACCAGCAUCCCAUUGACGGGUACCUGUCCCACACCGAGCUGGCCCCACUCCGAGCGCCUCUCAUCCCCAUGGAGCACUGCACCACUCGCUUCUUUGAAGAGUGCGACCUGGACAAUGACAAGUACAUCGCCCUGGAGGAAUGGGGCAGCUGCUUCGGCAUCAAGGAGAAGGACAUUGACAAGGACCUCGUGAUCUAAGCCAGCAGCUUCCUUCUCUGUUGCCUCCUCUUUUAUUUACCUCCUGUUUCCUUUUAUUUUAAAACCUUUUUUGUUUUGUUUUUUCCCCUGGGGACAAGGUGCUAAUAUAGAUCUAAACGUAUAUUAACGGUGCUAAAAGAGACAACAACUUAUUGUUAGUAGCCUAACGAAUACCACUAGAAUACUCUGCUCACUCAUCCAUUUCGGUGUAUUCUCUGCUCUCUGAUUCGACAACAUUAGAAUAACCAACCCUGUUCCUGUGCUAAAUAGCUACUCCCUCUUCUUAUCCGCUCUUGAUUCUUUUUUCAAACUCCUUACUAACAUGUUCUUCAGAUCUUUCAAAGUAGAGCAAAGCCAUCCCAGAGGAUUAACUCCCUGAUUUUCAGACAGCAAGUGAGGGAAGAUGUAUCCAGAGGACAUUAGAAGAUUGGGCUUUCCAAAGUUUAGCGGAGCAAUUGGUGGUGAAAGUUUGGGAUGCUGGAUUUUAGUUCCUGUUAGGGAGGAUGGAGAAGGGAGUGGGAUAGACACUGAAGAUCCAGAAUGGCAAAAUUUAAAUUCCCAGGGCUUGAAUUUAUGAAUAAUUGGGCAUAAAUAGUUUUUAAAAAACGCACAAAUUAAAAAAAAACCAUCAUGUAAAAUCCCCUCUAAAAAUAAAGGUUUGAAAAUGCUACAUGCUUUAUUAUUGCUCAGUGAUUGUAUUGUUCUUGUGUUUUCCACGCUUUAAAGUUAGCUUUUGGUGCUGACGUGUUUGGUGGUGGUAUUUUUAUUUGAUCUUGCUGUUGUGAUUCCGCUGGAGCCAAAACAUUACACGUCCCCCCAUGUCACUUCCCAUCACUGCCUCUGGCACUCUUAAAUUCCAGCCCUGCUCCACCAGGGAAGCUCUGUUCAAUGUGGAGGUGACGCUCCUGCUCAGAAAGGUGCAUGUGACAUAGACAAGCGCUUGGUUGCUUUUUUUUUGAAGCUGUUGUGGUGUUUCGAUUUUGUUUUGUUUUAGUUGGGGUUUUUAUGGAGCAGGUCCCAGACUCACUCACAGGAGAUGGUUAGAUCUCGCAGGCUGAGAACUCUUUUUACCUCUGAAUGUUUCCCGGUGCCUUUUAUUAUUAAAUUCUUGCCACAGUGUGAGCAAUCUGACGAGUCUCUCGUAAUAAAAGAUAAUUAUUUGAAACCAUGA